AUUAAAAGUUCAUAGUAAGAAUUUAUUUUCUUAAUCAAAUAUGCCGAAAAAAUCAUUAUCCGGAAAAGUAUUCCUAUUAAUAACCGGCGCAAGCCGUGGAAUUGGGAGACAAAUUGCAAUAUCAUUUGGUUCGAUGCUAGAAGAGGGUUCACAUGUUGUUUUAUUAGCAACAAAUUUGAAUGGUUUAAAAGAAACUGCUAAAAAUAUUCCCAAUAAUAUAUCUGUGGACACUGUUAGUGUUGAUCUAAGUAAAGCAACAAAAGAAGAAUUAGAGAGUAUUAUAAUGACUUCUCUGUCUCAAAAGAAUAAAGAACCACAACAAUUUGAAAAAAUGGUUAUAGUACAUAAUAUUGGUACCAUGGGAAAUACUUCUCAAGCUGUAGAUGUUGCAACUGAUAUAACUGCAUGGCAUAAUUAUUUUGAUUUAAAUGUUUUUAUUCCUGCUAUGUUGAAUAAUGUUUUGAUGAAAAUAUUUAAUGAAGCCAAAAAUGUUAACAAAACAGUUAUAAAUAUAACUUCAUUAUAUGCUCUGGAACCAUUAAAAUUUGCAACUCAUUAUUGCACUGGUAAAGCAGCACGGGAAAUGUUCUUUAAAGUGUUUGCAUUAGACAAUCCAGAAGUGGAUGUAUUAAAUUAUUCUCCAGGACCAGUUGAAACUGAUAUGUUCCAUGAGUUAUGCGAGAAACACAGCGAUGAUGCAAUAAGAAAACAAUUCAAUGAAGUUGUAACAAAUAAAACUAUCUUAACGUGUGAACAAACAGUUAACCAACUUGUAAAUGUUCUUGAAGCUCAUAAAUAUACAUCAGGUGAUCAUGUUGAUUAUUAUGAUCAAUUGUAAAUUAUAUGUGAAUCUGUUCUGGAUUAACCACAUUCCAAUAAUAUUUUUAUUAAACUGUUUAAAACAACUAAUUAAAGUUUUAUAUUUUAUUUCAUGUUUGUUCUCACUACAUUGUAAAAUGUAUACAAGGUGUUUGUAAUUAAAUAAU